GUUUGUAUGUUGUCCAAUUUGUAAAUUUAAUUAAAACAUAGAAAAUAUGAAUAUAUUACCAAAAACGCACGAAGAAUUUAGCCAAGUUGAAUAUUGGAACACGUUUUUCAAGAAACGUGGUAAAAGAAACUUUGAAUGGUAUGGAGAAUAUCCAGAAUUAUGUGUUAUAUUUUUAAAGUACAUUAAGGUGAAAGACAAUAUUUUAAUUGUCGGUUGCGGCAAUUCUACUGUUAGCAUGUGUUUGUAUGAUGCUGGGUACAGAAAUAUUACUAAUAUUGAUAUAUCACAUAUUGUUAUCAAACAAAUGCGUGAUAUUAAUGCAACUAUGAGACCACAAUUAGUUUAUGAACACAUGGAUGCUACACAAAUGGCAUAUGCUGAUAAUACAUUUAGCGUUGUUUUGGAUAAAGGUACUUUAGAUGCUCUUAUGCCAGAUACUAAAGAAGGGACAGUAUCUAAUGUUAACAAAUAUUUUAAGGAAAUUACAAGAAUUCUACGCAAUGGCGGCAGAUACAUAUGCAUCUCAUUAUUACAGGAAUAUAUUUUAAGGCAACUUUUAUCUUAUUUUCCAAAUGUUGGGUUCAUGUUUCGUAUAGUACGUUGUCAUGAAGCAGAAGAAAAAACACGCCUUGAAGAUGGAAGUUCAAUCCCAGUUUUUGCAGUAAUUGCAACAAAGAUUACAAAUUUGUCACAGACUGUUCUAGAAGUAGUACUAGUUGAUGGUGCACCAAGACGAUUAUCAUCAGUGGAUGAAAUGAUAUCAGCUAUACUUUCAGCACAACAAUCUGCAUUUAUAUUUAAUAGUCUUCAAAAGCGUAGUGUGGCUGAUAUUGGAGAAAUCUCACUAAAUUUACAUUCUCCUGAUAACAAACAUCCACGUUAUACAAUCUACGUUUUAGAUCAGCCCAAGGUACAUGGUACAAAAAGCUAUGCAGCUUUUAUAGUACCACAAGGAAAGGAAACAGAUUGGCUAUUUAGUACAAAAGAAGGUAGACAACAGGUUCUUAAGAGCUCCCAGCGUGAUAGACUUGCUAUUGUCACACUAUGCAGGGAACACAAAUUUGAAAAUUGGGAAGCUGUAAAAAGUGAAAUCGAAGAUUGUAUUUUGAAUCUAGCACCAGAAGGCUUGUCUGGAAAAAAUGAUAUUCCAUUUUUAUCACUGGGUUCAGAUGUUGGGGUCAGAACAAUAUGUUUUGAAGGAAAGAGCAAUUUGAGUGGUCCUUUCGUUGUUGAAGAAAUUGAAAGAGAUGGUAGUGAAUUUAGGAGAUUAAUUUUUCUAAAUAAUCCAUAUGUUGUUCAGAGUGAAGCUCGUCUUAAACAAGCUAAAUCUAGACGAGGUAAAAUGAAAAAAGUUGUCGAUUCAGGAUUUUUAGCGUGUGAUCAUCAUGUAUAUAUGAGCAUUGGUGUUAGUGCUGCAAUAAAUUCUAAAGAAUGUGACGAGAUAAUGAUCAUAGGUUUAGGUGGAGGUGGAUUGUGUACAUUUUUAUAUAAUUGUUUUCCUAAGUUACGAAUUACAGCAGUUGAAAUCGAUGAGAAGAUGUUAAAAGUCGCCACUGACUAUUUUGGUCUCAUUCUUGACAAUAGAAUGAAGGUUGAAAUUGCGGAUGGUAUUCAAAUUAUCAAAGAUAGUACAUCGAAUGGCAAAAGAUACAAAGCUAUACUUUUUGAUGUAGACAGUAAAGAUAAUACAGUUGGAAUGAGUUGUCCACCUAAACAGUUUCUAGAGAUGCCUAUUAUAAAAUCAGUUGCAGAAUGUUUAAUGAAUGAUGGAUUUUUUAUCUUAAAUUUAGUUAGUCGAGAUGGAAAUAUCAAACAGAAAGUGAAGAGCGACCUAAAGUCUGUUUUUCAGUCUAUGGCAUGCUAUUCUGUUCAAGAUGAAGUAAAUGAAGUUGUAAUAUGUUCUUUAAAUGAAAUUGACGAUAUUGAAUGGAAACAUAUAUUUAAAAAUUCUGUAACAACUUUAAACGAACAGAUAUCUAUGCGGAAGUUAUUAAGUGACACAAAUAUGUAUGAUUUAUCGUCUUUAAUGGGAAAUCUGAGUAUAGAGUUUUAAGUAAAAAGUAUAUAUAUAUAUACAUAUAUAUAUAUAAAACCAACCAACUAUAUAUAUAUAUAUAGUUAAUUUCGUGUACAAU